GGCGAGGGCCGCGUGGGCCGGGGCGUUGCCGGGCGGCGCGCGGUGCCAGGUGUUCUGCCCGAUGCAGCUGCAGCACCCUUUGAGUGCCCUCGGGCACAGUGCCUUGUGAAUCUGUACUGAGAACUGGAAAGGGAAAUUGAUUCUGCUUGAAAAGUGUUCCCGUAGGAUUAAUGCUCGUGUCAAACUACUGACUUCAUGGGGAGCUGGAAGAUUGGACUCCAUGGCAUGGUAUGGCUGCUGGAGAGGGGAAGCAGGAGUUUCUCUCUUUCCUCCACCCUCCCAGAAUGGUGAUCACACGUAGAAGAUUAUCAGAACUCUGUAGAAUUUGCAUUUGGUUUGAGAGCUUGUGAAAGUGCUCGUCAUGGAGAAACAGCAGAUUGUCUUGGCCAGCCGGGACGGUGGGACUGUGUCUGGUGCAGCCCCUGCUUUCUUUGUCAUCUUGAAACAACAGCAGGGAAAUGGAAAAGCUGACCAAGGAAUCCUAGUAGCAAACAGUGAUGCUUGUGCUCUCGCCAGCAGUGUAUCCAUUCCAGUCAAACCCAGAGUGAAGACCUGCCUCCCAGCUGACUGUGUGUCAGGGGGCAUCACUGUCACCCUGGAUAACAACAGCAUGUGGAAUGAGUUCUACCAUCGCAACACAGAGAUGAUCCUGACCAAGCAGGGGAGGCGGAUGUUCCCGUACUGCCGGUACUGGAUCACGGGGCUGAAUUCCAGUCAGAAGUACAUCCUGGUCAUGGACAUAUCCCCCGUGGACAACCACCGAUACAAAUGGAACGGCCGUUGGUGGGAGCCCAGUGGGAGGGCAGAACCACAUGUUCUAGGACGAGUGUUUAUUCAUCCAGAAUCCCCUUCCACUGGCCAGUUCUGGAUGCACCAGCCAGUAUCCUUCUACAAACUUAAACUCACCAACAAUACCCUGGACCAGGAGGGUCACAUCAUCCUGCAUUCUAUGCACCGAUACCUGCCACGACUUCACCUGGUGCCUGCAAACAAAGCCACAGAAGUCAUUCAGCUUAACGGCCCCGAUGUCCAUACAUUUACCUUCCCACAGACAGAGUUCUUUGCAGUUACAGCCUACCAGAACAUCCAGAUUACCCAGCUGAAAAUAGACUACAAUCCUUUCGCUAAAGGCUUCAGAGAUGAUGGGCUGAAUAGUCGGCCUCAGCGUGAUGUGAAACAGAACAACAACUUAGAAUUGGAAGGAGGUGCUGUUUUUAGCACUCCUAGCAUUUGUGGUCACCCUGCUGAAGUUGAUGCAUUAGAUGUGCAUCAGAGAAGUUUAGAUUCUUCAUUCAUUAGUCAAAAUCCAUCAGACACUGAGCUGGACAAAGAGUCCUUUAAUGCUGAAGGAGACUUCUUGGGUCUCCUGGACAGUGACCUGCCUUCAGGUGUUAUGCCAAAGCUGAAACAAGAAGUCUCUGAAAGUCCCAUUGCUAGCAGUUAUGAGAGCAUUUCCCGUGUGGCAUCUCCAUUGGACCCAAAUGGACAAUUUAAUGUAGUUAUUAAAGAGGAGCCAGUAGAUGACUAUGACUAUGAGUCAAAUAUUUGCACACAAGGAAUAACUGUGAAACAGGAAGACACAGAUGAAGAAACUGAUGAAUAUUCCAACACUGAUGAUGACGAUCCCAUUGUACAAAAACACCUAAUGAGACGCCGUGAAACAGAUGGAACUGAUGGAGAAUUCACAUCUAGGAAGCGUAUGCUAACCAGUCCUUCAGGUGUUGCCAAAGCAAAAAUGUUAAAACUGGAUAGUGGUAAGAUGCCUGUGGUCUAUUUGGAGCCUUGUACAGUCACAAAAAGCACAGUGAAGAUAUCUGAGCUGCCUCAGACCAUGCUUUCCUCUUGCAAGAAGGAUAAAUCCCCUUUGGGUGCGGUCCUGGAUUCCAUGCCCGUGUGUUUUGAAAAUCACAAAGACUCUUGCUCAGGCACAGUCACUGGGCCUGAGGAGUUAGUUAUGAAGAAAGAAUCUCCUGGGAGUAAGAUAUCACAGAAAUACUGUUCAGUCAGAGAGGCCCAGUGGGCUCUAUCCAAAUUACCUAAUUUUAAUCUCAGGGGCUCAGUAAAUUGUGAUUAUCCAGACAAAGAGGUCUGUGGCAGAAAAAGGCCUGGCAUACUGAAGAAUGCUAUGUCCCUCAAAGGCUCUGGUAACAAUCAAAGCACUCUAUCAUCAGCUACAAAUAAAAGAGGAAGGCCCCGGAAACUGAAAAUUUCCAAGGCUGGUCGACCACCUAAAGGUAUAGGGAAAAAUGUAGUAGCCAGCAAGAACACUUCUCUGGGGCCUGGGAAUAUCCUUCCAGAUGUUAAACCGGACCUUGAAGAUGUUGAUGGUGUUCUUUUCGUGUCCUUUGCAUCAAAGGAAGCUCUUGACAUUAACACUGUUGAUAGAGCUGGUGGAGAAGAGUCUCAGAAUCUUCAGGCUCCCCUGUUGACUACAAGUGAUCCAGAUUGUCAAGCAAGAAUACAAGUAUUAGAAAAGGAGCUGAUGGAAGAGCUGAAGACCUUGAGGCAUAAACAAGUAAUACAUCCUAGCCUUCAGGAAGUGGGACUGAAGUUGAAUUCUGUGGACCCAACAAUGAGCAUUGAUUUGAAAUACUUGGGUGUGCAACUUCCUCUCUCGUAUUCAAAUUACUCUCUGUGGAGCUAUCCAGAUACUGGAUUUUCUUUUGUUUCCAGGACAGGAAAGACAAAUGAUUUCACAAAAAUCAAAGGCUGGCGAGGGAAACUUCAUGGUGCUUCUAGAAAUGAAGGUGGCAGUUCAGAAGGUUCAUUGAAGAAUCGCUCAGCGUUCUGUAGUGACAAGCUGGAUGAGUACCUGGAAAAUGAAGGGAAAUUGAUGGAAACAAGUAUGGGAUUCUCUUCUGACACUCCCACUUCUCCUGUGGUAUAUCAGCUUCCCACUAAGAGCACUAGCUAUGUUCGAACACUCGACAGUGUUUUAAAGAAGCAGUCCACUGUAAUUCCAUCAACAUCUUACACAUUGAAGCCUGUUCCUCCAUCAUCUACCUCUAGGAAAACAAAGACUCAAACCAGACAGACAUCUACAAACAGUAAAACAAAAUCACCUUACAAACCUAUUUUGCCUUCACCUUUUCCUCCAAAGCAGAAGCAGAACUUGCCAGUGUCUGGGGAGAAGUCUGCUAAGCCUGCUAGCAGUUUGAGUAACCAAGCAGAAAGUUUUGUGCUGCCAGCUGUGGAUGAAAAUACAUUACCAAAACAGAUCAGUUUGCGUCAAGCACCACAGCAUCACCAAGCACCUCGUCCACCAGGUUUGUCUAAAUCUCAAGUGAAGUUAAUGGACUUGGAAGACUGUGCUCUCUGGGAUGGGAAACCACGGACCUAUAUUACAGAAGAGCGAGCAGACAUCUCUUUGGUAACCCUGCUUACAGCUCAGGCAUCUCUUAAAAGCAAACCUAUCCACAAGAUAAUAAGACGACGAGCACCUCCUUGCAACAAUGAUUUCUGCCGACUGGGUUGCAUAUGUGCCAGCCUGGCCCUGGAGAAACGUCAGCCCACCCACUGCCGCAGGCCAGACUGCAUGUUUGGCUGUACCUGCCUCAAGAGAAGGGUCUUGCUGGUGAAGGGAGGAUCAAAGCAUAAGAAAAUGAUGAAAAAGGCUGUGCGUGGAAGUCUUGUGCUGUUUGGAACACAAGGACAACAGCAAGAGGAUGAAGAUGGGGAAGAAGAGGGUGAUGGGGAAGAAGAGGAGAUGAAGCAGAAGGAUAGGAAGAAGAGAAAAAGGGUGGAAUACACUAUCUGUGAUUCAGAGCCAGAACAACCUGUUAGGAAUUGUCCAUUGUGGGUGAGGGUGGAAGGUGAAGUAGAUCCAGAGCCAAUUUAUGUCCCAACACCAUCUGUUAUUGAACCAGUUAAAUCUAUGGUACUGCCCAACCCAGAGGUCUGGCUUCCUAGUAAGAACAGAUCUUCCAGUGGAACAAAACCAAGCAGAAUGUACAUUCCUAGACCCAAUCCAGUGAUUCGAGAGGAGGACAAGGAUCCUGUCUACAUGUACUUUGAAAGUUUAAUGACUUGUGCGAGGGUGCGAGCCUAUGAGCCCAAGAGAGAGGAGAAAAAGCAGCAAAAAGACAAAAGUGAUUCACAGAUUUGUAGUGUAAAGCAGGAGCAUGAACCAGAGCUUCAGUCUCCUGAAAAGGCAACCUGUGAGGUAGACAAAGACACAUCAAGAGAGAAAAGCUGGUGUUCUUCCCGUAGUGAGGGGGACUCUUUCUCCACCUCCUAUGUUCAUCACACCACUCAAGGUGAACCAACCAAACUUAUCGAGAUUAUCUCUGACUGCAACUUGGAGGAAGAUCACAAUAAGAUCUUGACCAUCUUAUCACAGCAUAUCAACAGUAACGCACCACAGUGCCUCAAAGUGGGUAGCUUCACUAUUGAAUUGGCUUCGGAAUACAAGGCCCAGGAUGAGAACCAUCCUUCUGUCUGCUCCUCCAGAGUGAAAAUUUCAGUGCCGUCCUACCAGGACAAGGACAAGAGGCCUGAGAUCCCUGUCUUGGAGACUCCUGAUAGCACAGUGGCAGCGUGCAAUAACUCAGAAAAUGUAAAGGUCACGCGAGCAGACCCAACGGACAAGCUGGAGGAGAAGCUGAAUGAGAAGCUGCAUGGGGGCAAAGGCAAGCCUUUUUAUGCAGGGCUUUCUCCUGCAGGAAAGCUGGUUGCCUACAAAUGCAAUGCUAAUACGAGCCCCUCGGGCUUGAUUCAGGUUAAUGAUAAAAGGUAUCCUCAGGCCAAACUGCUUUUGGGACAGAUGGGGGCAUUGCAUCCUGCCAAUCGGCUAGCAGCUUAUAUCACAGGCAGGCUGCAGCCCACAGUACUUGAUAUUGCAGCCCUCAGUACUGUGAUCUCCAAGGUAGCACCCAGUGCUAAAACUCCUGCUUCUGGGACACCAUCAGUCCAGGGGCCCACAACAUCAGCUCCUAAAACUACAUCUUCCACCAGCAGUACUUCAACCCCCACUGUGACGACUCUGAAAACCCAUGUCCCAGCACAGAGACAGAUAGCUACCCGACCCUCACCUGGUGGUGUGUUUACCCAGUUUGUGAUAAACAAAGCAGGAGCUCUGCAGCAGAAGGUUCCUGGAGUGAGCACACGCCAGGCGGCCUCAGGGCGACAGUUUCUGAGUAUCAAGCCCACGCCAAUCACUGUUAUUGCUCCUGUGGUUCCUUCAGUGCCAUCUCCAGCUGUGUGCACAGUCACUUCUGCAGCCACUGCAGCUACCACCACCUCUACAGUUACUGUGGAAAGUACCAGUGUAGCGGCAUCUACUGGGACCACUCCUUGCCAGACAAAAGCUGGUGAACCUCCCUGCUCUCCUCCUGCAACUGCAGUUACAGCUGCUCCUGCAACACCUGGAAUCAGCACCUGUACUACUCCAUCCACCACUGCUACUGCUACUGUGAGCACAACAAAAACAACAGGGAUUGUUGCAGCAGUAGCAGCUGCGCCACUCCCAAAACCUGUAGUAACACCACCAACUGUUACUUGUGCUGUUGUCACAACAUCCACCUCUACAGUUGUACUGACAACAGCUGCAGCAACUACGCCUGUGGUGACCACACUGACUUCCUCUGCUGCCUCUGUUCCAGUGAUACUAUCAGGAGUUAAUUCAAGUCCUCCAAAAAGAGAAGAUGCUGCUCCACAAGCUGCAAGUAAGACUCCCCCAAAGAUAGCUCCUGGAACAGACAAACGUGUCGGACCUCGAUUGCUGCUGAUUCCGGUGCACCAGACAGCCUCUGCUCUACGGCCACUGAACACGCAGGUGGCACAGAGGCAGAAGAUGGUCCUUCAGCCCCUGAGGAGCCCUGGGGCUGUGAACCUGUUCAGACAUCCCAAUGGGCAGAUCAUCCAGCUUGUUCCCCUGCAGCAGGUUCGAGCUGCGGGUGCUCAGCCCAGCGUGCAGCCAGUGAUGCUCCGCAAUCCAGGAUCUAUUGUAGGAAUCCGUUUACCUGCACCUUCCAAGCCUCCUGAGUCACCUGUUUCUCCCACUUCCUCUGUGUCUUCCACUUCUCCUGCUGCAAAUUCAGCUGUACCAACUGCAGUACCCAAGUUAUCCCCCCCAUCCAACCCAGCCACUCAAGCAUCUUCUCUUCUUCCUUCGGUAACGAGUUUUGUGUCACAGGCAGGCACUCUGACUCUGAGGAUCGCUUCCUCUGCUGUCAGCAAUGUCACAAACCAAACAACCUCUGAGUCUAAAAUAGCCUGCAGCUCAGCUGGUCUGUCAGCCACCACUGCUAAUCUCAUACCUUUACAGUCUGGAAGUUUUGCUUUACUUCAGCUCCCAGGACAAAAGACAGUGCCAAACUCUAUUCUUCACCAUUUUGCAUCUCUGCAGAUGAAGAAGGAUUACAGGAAAAUAUGCAAGAAAGAGGACUCAGGUGCUGCUCAGCAGAAGGAGAAUGGGAAGGCUCCAUGCUCAGGUGACACAGAAGUUACAGAGUCUGAUGUCACAGUGCCACAUGGGAAACAAGAAGAUGAGUUGUCGAUUAACCAGUCAAAUGCUGUUGAAGGGUCAGCAUCUGCCGCAGUCACACCUAGUGGUGAUAGAAAUUCCACUGCAUUAGAGAUAGUGGAGAAGAGCUCAGUGGUGCUAGAGAGUUCUUGUGAUGACAGCUUUUCUUCUCAGCAUGAUGUUUCUGCAGAUGUCAUAUCAUCUGACCAUUCGUACAUCAGUGAGAAACCUAAUGAUGAGGAAGAAAAGGGGGCUUCUGAAGGGAAAGAGGAUUCUGUCAGUUCUGAAACUCUUGUGGAGGCAGUUUCAGCUAACUCUGUUUGUGGGUCAUCAGAUGAGUCUUUGGUUGCUCCUCUGGAUAAUGCACAUUCACAGAGUCUUGAGAAUUGGGAGGCUGCACAGUUGAGGAACCAUGGGAAGGAACAAACACUUGCUGAAUGGGAGGAGAAACCAGUAAAAGAGGAGGAAGAGGAUGCACAGACACAGAUGGAUGAGGACAACAGAGCAAGUUCUGGGCAGUUACAUAGUCAACAAGAGCAAGAUACACAGGUGAAGAUCAAGGAGGAACAAAGUGAGACCGAACUGUUUGAGAACAAACAAGAAUUCCAGGGUGAUGCUGCACAGCCAGAUAUGGAAAGGAGGGAGUACAAGGGCUCUGUAGAAGUGGAAAACACAGUAGAGAAAACAAGAAGUAGGUCUGAAAUUGGUUGUGCAAAAGAACUGGAUAAUGCUUCAAGAGAAGAGCAUAGGGCUGAUAUGGAGGAAGGCAAAGGAAACAUAGCUACUAGGCAGGACGGCAGUAAAAGCAAAGAAAAAGGUGCUUGUGAUUCUCUGGAAGAAAUGAAAGCAGGCCAUGAUAUCCUAACACAUGUUAACAGUUCUUGGAGCAAAAUAUCUAGUAUUGUACCCCCUUUAGAAAAUAGAAGUGAAGUAGAUAAAAAAGCUGAUACAUCAGAGAAAGGUGACUUCCUGACAGCACCAGAACAGAGGGCACACAAAAAGGAUUACAUGCCCACUAUUGAUAUAACUGCUGAUGAUAUGGAAGAGGAUGAGGAGGAAGAUGAGGAAGAGGAAGAAGAGGAUGAAAAAACUGAUGAUUCUGCUGAUGAGAUGCUGGAUGGUGCUUCUGACUUCCCAAGUGAAGAGGAAAUAGAUGUUGAAAAAGUGGAUGCGUGUGAAUACAGAGAGGAUGACGAGCAGGUGGACAUUGAGACCGUGGAGGAGCUUUCAGAGAAGAUUAACAUUGCCCGUCUGAAGGCCACAGCUGCUCAUGUCGAACCCUCCGACCAGAAAUACCAUCCUCCUAAUUCUUCGGAUGAAACAUUAUCAGAAAAACAUUCAAAGAAGCAUCAGACCUGGAAAAGAAAGCUGAAGUCCCAGGCUGAAGCCUUUGCUCAUUACCGCCAGACACACACAGCAAAUGAGCGUCGGCGACGUAAUGAAAUGAGAGGUCUCUUUGACAAGUUGAAGAAAGUUUUGGGGCUGCUGAACCUUCCCAAAGUCUCCAAAUGCUACAUUCUCAAGCAGGCCUUUGAGGAAAUCCAAGGACUGACAGAUCAGGCAGAUAAGUUUAUUGGACAGAAGACGUUACUGACACGCAAACGGGAUGGUCUGAUUCGAAAAGUAUCCACGCUCUCAGGAAAGACAGAAGAGGUUGUCCUGAAGAAGCUAGAAUAUAUUUAUGCUAAACAAAAAGCAACAGAAGCACAAAAAAAGAAGAAAGAACCUGAGCCACAGAAAUCAGCUGCACCCUCCACUGCUAGCAGCCAGCAAGAAGGAUCCUCUGCUGCCCCCAGAGAGCCAGCCCCGAUAGCGAUGACAAACAGAAGGGGCAAGCCACUGAUACUUGCCAGGAGAGGAGUGCGGGCCACAGAGGACUCCUCAGCCUCUCUCACACUCACGGCUGCCAGCGUAGUGAUGACUCCACAGGGGCAGGUGCUUACACUGAAGAGCCCCCUGGUCCCAGGGCAGGUGGCAGCUGUUCCUUCCACACUGCUGCAGGCUGAGUUAAAGCCUCGAGGGGGUGGUACUACCAUGGCCACACAGCCAGGUGUUACUUCUGUGAUGAUUCAGCUGCCAGGAUCAACAGUUCCUGUCCAAGUAAAAGGAAUCCUUACUAAUUCUACCAUUCCUAUUACACUGUCAGCUGUUGCUGAGGAUCCAGCAACCUCAACAGUGGUAUCAGCUACAGAACCCCAUUCAGAAAGUGAAGAUUCAUUCAUGAUGCCAAAGAUAGUUAAUGUAACAUCACUGGCUGCUGAAGCAGGCAUGAAUCUAAACCUGAACCGAAACAAAAAUUCUAAUGCAACAGCAGCUGCAGGUACUCCAGCUUCUGAGCAAUCCUUGGCUGUAGCACCCCUUGAAACUAUGAAUAGUGACAACAUCCUUUCAGAAGAAAAAGCCAAACCAUGUCUGGGAGACAGUGGUGGAGAUGGAGGAAACACCACAGGUCCAAAGAAAGUUUUCUUUGAAAAUAAAGACGUCCUUCCACAACUCUGGAACGUAUCAUGUACAAAGGAAUCUCCAGAGUCCUUCAGCAAAAAGCUGUGCAUUGGUGAGUUUGUAGGAAGCCAAACUAGGAGGAAAGAUGGCGAUUCUGGAGGGGAAAGAUUAAAAUCCAAAGAAUUGUCAUUCCGCAAGCUGCAGAUCAAGGACUCCAGGAUAGAAAUGGAAUUGAGGAAAGUGGCGUCGGCAAUGGAGGAAGCAGACCUGGAUACAAGUGAGAUCCUGAGCAGCAUUGAGGAGGGUGAUGACACCGAUGAAACCCUCACUUCGCUGCUCAAUGAAAUCGCCUUCCUCAACCAGCAGCUGAACGAUGAUGCCUCAACCAUGUCUGAGCUGCCUGGUGCCCUCAGCUCAGAUUUCUCUCAUAAAGAUGCAGAGGCUUGUCGGGGAGCAGCCAGUGAUCUCUCCGCUGCAGAUGGGUCUUCCUUCCAGUUUGGCCAUUUGGGAGGCAGUUUUAAGGACCUUUCUGAAGUUCCAGGAGGUGGUGGCUCUUUAAGCCCCCUUCUGCUGCACCUGGAAGAUGAUGACCUUAGUGAUGGGGACAAGAACUCUGGGGAUCCUUCAUCUGAGGCAGAUGUCUUAAAGAUAGUGAUAGGUACUGAAAUGAAGAAUCCACUUUCCAAUCUGUCUGUAACCAGUGGUGGGAAUGGCAAAACAGUAACAACCUUGUCAGAUGCCACUAAUGUGACUCCACCGAUUUUGCAGAUGAAGACUAAUCCAGAAGCUGGUAAUGCUGACAAGUCGUGGAGGCCCAUGCCGAAGCUAGCACCACUUGGUUUAAAAGUGGCAAGUCUGCCAGUAGACUCAGAAGGGCAGAGCAAUAAAGUGAUGCCCUUAUUGGCACCUAUAGUUGCAAAACUGGCACCUAGUGGGGUAAAAAAUUCUUUACCUUCAGCUGUUCAAGAAGGACAGGAUAACAAAGUAAUGCCCCCAUUAGCACCUGUGGUUGCAAAGUUGAAUACUACUGGGACCUUGCCUUCAAGUUCAGCAGGCAAAUAAGUGCAGACUUUUUUUGUCAGACUGGAACAGAGAUCUAGAGCAGUGUGUCCAGUGUCAUUGUUCAGCAGCCUCCAUUGUCUGCAACACUUGUUUUCUGUAUAGCAUCAGUACUGUGUUCAUCUGAGGGGCAGGCCCCAAAUUGUAAAUAAGUGUUAGGAAACUUUAGGCAUGUGUAUGUACUUUUACCUCACUGUUGUAUUCUGGGUGUUCUCCUUCCCAUUCUCAAGACAACAGAGAUGAUCUAUAACCAUUGCUGGGCACAUGGUAUCCUUCCAAAAUUGGGUUCUUCACAGGAAUAGUUUAUCGAGGGACUGAGAAACUGAGGCUGUUGAAGGAGAUUUUUUUUCUCUCCCCAGUAGGGAGGCAGCUGUCUUGUUGGGGAAAAAAAAAGGAUUAUCUGUUUUGUACCAGGCAAAUUAUCUAUGCAGAAACGGCAUUGUUCAUAUUUGCUUUUAAUAUUUGCAGAAUAUGAUAAAUAUGCAGGAAUCAGGUUGUAGUUGCUCUGAAAGUUGAUACCUAGAGCGGCAGAAGGGAAAUCUGAGACUGCAGAGGGCUGAAGUAAAAAGUUUUUUUCUUUGGUGCUAGAUAGUUCUCUAGCAGAGACUUUUUAAGAGCUUAUGCACAGAAAAUUUUAAUAAACACAACUCUCACUGCUGGGAGAGAAAAACACAUUUCCCAAUGUAAUUAGAAGGAGGACAGUAUGUUAACUUUAAUAAUACUGUCCUCACUCUCACCUCCUGCCCCCACACAAAUAAAUUCUUCUCUCUGAUGCUUAGGACAUCCAUAAGGAAGAAUUGCAGAGUUGAAAGAAAAUGUGGCCACCCUAUUGCUACGUCUUUAAAUACAUUGCUGAAGUAGUUUGAGUGUUUUCCCAGGUCCUAUUUUCAUUCCUUCUGUCAUUCUUCAAGAUGUGUGUGGUGGCUGGGAAUGUUCAUACCAAGUAUUGCUUAGUGAAAACACAGAAAGCUUUCAGGAGUCUUGUAGCCUGGCGCAAGUGAGCGAGGUGUACAUGUGAGUGUAAAUAUGAAAAUAUGUGUAUAGCUUUCCAAACCUUUCAUUUCUUUAUAAAUUCAGGAAAGGAACUCAGAGGUUUCUCACUGCAUUUGCACAAGCUGUGUAUAGCAAAAAAGUCAACAAAAAUGCUCAUUACCAGGGAAAUAGGGCAGUAUUGAAUCACAAGAUGUAUUUUUUAUUCUUCUCUGCCACUGCUUACUCAAUAACCUGUAGAUGCUCUUCGCUGUUCAGCUGUUGAACUGUGAGGGGCCUGCAGACUGUAAAGAUAUUUAUAUUUUUGUACACAAUUUCUGUUUUCAUAGUUUUCUUGACAAAUGAAGUUUUCAGCCUCGGAGAGAUGAUUUGUUAAUGAGUAUACACAAUCUUUUCCUAUCAAGUUUGUAAAUAUAAGUUACGGUGCGCUUGGGGGGCUUCUUCUUAACUGUUUGAAAAAGGUAAAAAAUAUUGCCGUGAAAAUUGAAAAUCAUACAGAAUUUCGAUGGUGCAUUUUGUUUUUUGUUUAGGAAUGUAAUUCCAUGUCUUAACUGUUCCAGCAACAGCAGCUGGGAUUACCCCCUGCCAUCCAAAUUGCCCAUCUUUGGUGAUGCAGUAACCCAGGAAUUUCAUCCUUCCAGCACAGAGGUUGUGCAGGUGUUGCAAUUGAUGUUCUUCCACAGGGAGGGAGCAGUGUUUGUACAACCAUAGCCCUGUCCAGUACGCUGCAUCUUCUGGAUCCAUGUCUAGAUUAGAUCCAUCAGGGAAUAAACAUAUCUCCGGUGUUUUCUGUGCAUUUUUAUUAUUUAUAUUAUGCCACAGAGGAGAGAAGCCCUUCAAGCUCAUUGUGUGUAAAGUUACUCCAGAGACUACAUUAAAAAAUAUUUUUCAUCUGGGCAUUCUAAACAGCGUGUUUUAAAAUAGUUCCAUACAACUCUCUUUUGCCUUUUUGCAAAUUUGCUAUUCUAAUAUUUCAUACAAGUCUGGUAUUAGCGAUUUGGAGAGGAGAGUUUAGGUCGUUGUGAGAGUCCUGCAGGGUUUUACAGUUGUCACUUAAUGCCUUAGGAAAGGGGAUUUACAAUCCCAGUUAGUAAUUAGACAAAUGUUGCUUCUUAUUAAUGAUUUUAACCUUAUUUUAAAUUAGUAGAAAGAAAUGCUGCUUUUCUCAUUAAGGAUUUUAACCUUAUUUUAAAUUAGUAGAAAGAAAUGCUGCUUCUCAUUAAGGAUUUUAACCUUAUUUUAAACUAGUAGAAACAAAUGUUGAUUCUUAUUAAGGAUUUUGACCUUAUUUUAAACUAGUAGAAAGAAAUGCUGCUUCUCAUUAAGGAUUUCAACCUUAUUUUAAACUAGUAGAAACAAAUGUUGCUUCUUUUUAAGGAUUUAAACCUUAUUUUAAACUUGUAGAAACAAAUGUUUCUUCUUAUUAGGGAUUUAAACCUUAUUUUAAACUAGUAGAAAGAAAUGUUGCUUUUUUUCAAGGAUUUAAACCUUAUUUUAAACUGGUAGAAACAAAUGUUUCUUCUUCUUAAGGAUUUAAACCUUAUUUUAAACUAGUAGAAAUCUGGAGUAACUAAAUUAUUUUACUAGCACUACAUCAGACUCAAAUUUAUUUAUCUGGGAAAUCUGGUUCUGAGUAUUUCCAAUAGGCUGAAGUUGCUUAUUGUUUUAACUUGUAAUAAUUUUUUUCCAGUAGAUUUCAUUCCUCCUGUGCAAGAAACAGCAGCAAGACUUGUGCUGUGACUACUUUAAAUUCCUAAUCACUAAGCCUUGUUUCUGCACCUCACUUUUUUUAUGGUUCUAAAUAGCCAGUUUUAAUUUUCACACAGAAUUGUGUGUUUUCUGUGAGACAGAGAGGCUAUAACAUGAUAACUGAUCACACAUGAUCUAAAAAAAAAAUAAUGUACUUUUGAGGAUGUUCUGUUUAUUAUCUGGGAGUAUAAAAUUUCUGUAUGUGAAUUUACUGUUUGACAUUGGGCAGGAAAAAAAAAAUUACUGCAGUAAAAAUAUAAUGAUGUCAAGAUGACAGCAAAACCUUUUGAUCCCUAAAUGUUACUAGAAAAUUAACUAAGAACAGCCCCCCAGUAUGGCUGUAGAAGGUGGUGGCAUUUGGUGUGGUUCCAAGAAAGAUCUUUGAUGGGUUCUACCAGCCAACAAAGCAUGUUUGAAUGCUCUUGGGUUUUGCUUGUUUCACUGUCUUGUGUCUGCAGCACAUUAUUUUGCUAUGAAUUUAAAUGCUGACUCUUUGCUCUUCCCUUAAGCUCCCAAACAUUUUAAAAAUUACAUAUGCUGUUUUUUGAGGCAAUAAUCAUAGAACAUAACACUUUAUGAGAAGAUUCUGGAAACAGGAAAACAGGAGAAACAAGGAAACCCCUGCAAGGCGCACGCUCUUGCUUGACCAAGAGACCUGGAGAUUUUCUUUGUUUUUUUACACAUCUGUAAAUAGACUGGAAUGUUUUUAAGAAUAUAAUGAAAUGUCAGAUUUAGCUUUUUUCCUUUUAUAUAUUAAAAUAUAUCUUUCCCUCUUUUUUGCUUUUGGAGAAUUGAUAUUUUUGUAGAAAUCUAACAGUACAAGACUCUUAACUGUAUGUGAGGGACAAAGUGUAAAACUAAAAUAAACCAAUCAAGGUCAACUAGAAA